AGAUUUCUAACGCCUCUCUUAAAGAAAUAGCAUUUUUCUUUAUCUCCACCUGACCUUCUCGCAAACGCACGUUUUCCGAAGCACGUAUUCGUGAAACCGAUUUAUUCGCUCUUUGCCUAAUUAUCCCCUUUUCUUUUUUCUUCUCUUUCUUUGCGCCCUCCGUUCACCCACGCAAAUGUUCCGCUCCCUCGUGCGUCUGGCCGGCAAGGAUGUCCGCUUCGGCGACAAGGCCCGUCGCUCCAUGCAGAAGGGUGUCACCCGUGCCGUGGCCGCCGUGGCGACGACACUGGGUCCGAAGGGCCGCAACGUCAUCAUCGAGCAGGCCUAUGGCGCGCCGAAGAUCACGAAGGACGGCGUGACGGUGGCCAAGGCGAUUGAGUUCAAGGACGCCUUCGAGAACAUGGGUGCGCAGCUGGUGCGCCAGGUCUGCAACAAGACGAACGACCUGGCCGGUGACGGCACGACGACGUCCGCCGUGCUGGUGGAUAGCGUCUUCGCGGAGGGCCUCAAGUCGAUUGCGCAAGGCACGAAUCCCAUCGACAUGAAGCGCGGCAUGGACCGCGCUGUCGAUAUCAUCCUGAAGAACGUCGCCAAGCAGAGCCGCCCCAUCAAGGGUACCGCUGACAUCAUCCAAGUCGCCACCAUCUCCGCCAACGGCGAUGAGGAGAUCGGCAAGAUGAUCGGCCAAGCCAUGGACAAAGUCGGCCGCGACGGCGUCAUCACUGCCCAGGACGGCAAGACAAUGGCGACGGAGCUGGAGAUCGUGGAGGGUAUGAGCGUGGACCGCGGCUACGUCAGCCCGUACUUCGUGACGGACGCGAAGGCGCAGAAGGCCGAGCUGGAGGAUGCCGUGGUGCUCGUGAGCAGCAAGAAGAUCCAGAACAUCCACAGCCUGCUUCCUGCCCUGAACCACGUGGUGCGCAGCGGCCGCCCGCUGCUGAUCAUCGCCGACGACGUGGAGAGCGAGGCGCUGACGACGCUCAUCUUCAACAAGCUGCAGGGCAAGCUGAAGGUGUGCUGCGUGAAGGCCCCCGGCUUUGGCGACAACAAGACGGCCACGUUGGAGGACAUUUCCAUCUUCACUGGCGCGCAGCUGGUCGGUGACGAGGGCACGGGUCUCGAGCUGGAUGCGGAGAACUUCGACCCGACAAUCCUCGGCUCCGUCAAGAAGGUCACCGUCACGAAGGACGACACCGUCAUGCUGACCGGCGGCGGUGAUGCGACGGCGGUGAAGGGGCGUGUGGAGCUCCUCCGCGGCCUCAUCGAAAACGAGAAGAGCGACUACAACCGCGAUAAGCUGAAGGAGCGCCUGGCGAAGCUGAGCGGCGGCGUGGCGGUCAUCAAGGUCGGCGGCGGCUCGGAGGUGGAGGUGAACGAGAAGAAGGAUCGCAUCGAGGACGCUCUGUGCUCGACUCGUGCUGCAGUGCAGGAGGGUAUUGUGGCCGGCGGUGGCACGGCACUGCUGCGUGCGAGCAAGGAGCUGGAGGCCCUGGCCAACGACACCUCCCUCACCCGCGAUCAGCGCACGGGUGUGACGAUCGUGCGCAACGCGAUCCGCCUGCCUGCGAUGAAGAUUGCGGCCAACGCCGGCAAGGAGGGUGCGGUGAUUGUGGAGAAGAUUCUGGAGAACGCGGACGAGAGCGUCGGCUACGAUGCGCUGAACGACAAGUACGUGAACAUGUUCGAUGCCGGCAUUAUCGACCCCACUCGCGUGGUGCGUGUCGCCGUCACGGAUGCGACGUCCGUGGCGGGUCUGAUGAUGACGGCCGAGGCUGCGAUCGUCGAGCUGCCGAAGGAUGAAGGUGCUGCCCCGGCAAUGGGCGGUAUGGGCGGUAUGGGCGGCAUGGGCGGCAUGGGCUUCUAA